AUGAUGCUGGUUUUCGCUCUACUGGUCAUGUUGGCGACUCUCUACGUCCACCGACACCAGCGCCCCAACUUUCCCCCGGGGCCUCAGGAACUGCCUUUCAUUGGCAACCUCCACCAAAUUCCAGCCACAAAUUCCUGGAGGACGUUCAAAACCUGGCACGGAAUUUACGGUCCUAUAAUCAGCGUCAAGCUGGGUACCAGGCGGAUGGUCGUCCUGGGGUCCCAUGAGGUGGCCAGGGAUCUGCUAGUAAAGCGUGCUGCUAUCUACAGCUCGCGUCCCAAAGUAUUGACCGAUCGUGCGAGUAAUGGAUUACACAUGGGAUUCAUGCCAUCUGGUCCAAGAUGGGCCGCGCAUCACCGGAUUCACGCCUCGCUAGUGAACAAGCGUGCCAGCCAGGGUUAUCAGCCCAUUCAGGAUCUCGAAAGUACACAGCUGGUUUACGAGCUACUAUCUACUGAGGACUUCCCAAGUCGCUUCCACCGUUUUGCCUCGAGUGUCAUCAAUUCGCUGGCUUACGGUAAACGCUUGGAACGAGGCGAUGAACACGAGGUAAAAGAAAUCAAGCAGGUGACGGAGAAAAUCGCCGGUGAAGCCGUUAAUGUCAUCGCUGAGGCAUUUCCUAUUCUAGAUUGUUUACCUAAAUGCCUGGCCCCGUGGAAGAGGGCGGCUGAAGCACUUCAUCAACGGCAAGUCGAUCUUUUCAAGUAUCUUAUGGAGUUUGCCUUCCAAUCACCCUCGUGGAAUUGGACUAAACAGGUUGAGGAACUAAGCAAGGGCUACGAAAUGGACUGGAUGGAGCGUGGAUACAUCAUCGGCUCCCUGUAUCAAGCUGGGAAUGACACAACUGCGAUUGCGCUUGAGGUGUUUGUCUUAGCUUGUGUUCUGCACCCAGAUGCUGUUCAUCAGGCCCACCGAGAGCUUGACCAGGUGGUAGGACGAUCGCGCCUGCCUAGCUUUGAUGAUAUGUACUUUCUCCCCUAUGUCAAUGCAUUCCUGAAUGAGGUUCUUCGAUGGCGAUCGGUGGCACCUGGCGGCCUUCAUCAUGCCACAGUGAAGGACGACCAGUACCGCGAUUUCCACAUCCCCAAAGGCACCAUCGUGGUUGCCAAUCACUGGUCUCUGGAUAUGGAUGGAGAACUUUUCGACCGCCCCGAAGACUUCAACCCCGACCGGUGGAUUCAAAACCCUAAUCUUCCUCUUUCGGCUUUCGGGUUCGGUCAACGCGUCUGUCCUGGGCAACAUAUCGCACGUAAUUCACUUUUCAUUGCUAUUUCGCGGCUCAUCUGGGCAUUUGAAUUCAGGCAUGCAUACUGCGACGGUGAGAAGCUAGAGAUUAAUCCCCUGGAAAUGACUCAGGGCCUCAGUUCUCGUCCCUUGCCGUUCAAAGCGUCGAUCCAGGUUCGUGGGCCGGAGAUUCAGCAGGUCAUUGAGCAAGCAUGGACUGAGGCAGAGAAGGAUGUGAAUGUUCUGCUAGAGAAUAUGGAAUUAGGUCUGUCCAAUCGCCCAGUCGCAAAAUAUUUAUGA